AUGAUCUCUGAAAUCAAUGUCAGAUAUGAAGAAGUUGUUGUCUGGUCUUCAGUGGCUCUAGAGCGCCGGCGGGACAGCAGCAGCAGGCAGUACUCUGUGGAGGCAGAGCUCCUUUUACCUGGUGUGGUUGGGGCCAGGAUGCUGGGACUGAUGGAGCAGAAGGGCUCACUGUGGAGCUCCGCGCUCAGGCUCAAAUACGGUCUGGGAGGUGAUGCCAGGCACCUGCGACAGGACUGCUACACAUCUCAGAGACUGAGGAGUGAGAGGGACUCAAAUCUGACGUACAUCAUGAGAGCAGAUCACGAGUUCUACUGCUCUAACACGGCUCCCAUCAACCAUAAGAUCCACAUCAGACAUGAGGAGAGCCCCAGCCACAUUAAAUCGUCUCUGGACGUGAGCUAUGGCAAACACUGGGAUGAAAUCAACAACAAACGCACCCUUCUUCUGAGCCAGUCCUUUAAAAAUCAGUCAUCACCGAAUCACACCAGCUACGCACUGGAGUUCAGUCUUAAUGUGCCUGAAAAGAAUAUAAACUACAGGACUCAGCUUCUGCACUCUCACUUGAGGCAGCUCGGGUCUGAGAGCAGCACUCACCUCAAAGUCAACUAUAACAACCUGAUGCCACUGGUGGCUGGAUUACACUGGAAAAGCCCUCCAAAAGACAGCCUGCAGAAGAAAUGGGAAGGCUCAUUAAACAUGGACACACCGUGGCUUUACAUCUACACCUCUCAUAAACUGAGCCAGCCGCAGCACCACACACUCCAUCUCACAUCAGAGCUGACAGCCAGCAAGUGGCUUAGUGUUCGUAACCUACUGCUGGAGGCUUUCUACAGAGACAGAGGCAGGGAGAGGGAGGCCCGCCUACAGCUCUACACUCCUGCUGUCACCUACAUCAGAGCAGGAGGCUGGGGUAUGGUUGGGAAGCGUACUGUAAAGGCCUCCGGCUCCUUUAACUCCUUGUGGACUCCUCCCCUGAGAGGAGACAUCUCUCUGGAGGCCUCUAAACUCAGCCACACCCUGCAGAUGGCCUCCACCUACGGCAAGCACAAUGUCAGCCUCACAGCUACCCUGAACACUGCAGAUAAGAACUUAAAAAAGAGGCAAGCACUUCUAAAGAUGACUUUCUCCAAGCCAAAUGGUCCAUCUACUGAUCUGGAGUUUGAAGGAGCCAUACAGGAGCUGAGGAAGGACAAAAAGAUGUUUCAGAAAACAGCAAUGCUUUUUCUCAGACAGCCUUUCCAGACGUUUCCUCAGACUCUGCUCCUGCGAGAGACUUUCACUGUGGACCUCCUCAGAGGCCUCUACAUCCUGGAAUCAAAAGCUGGUUUCCAUGGCAGCACAGACAUCAUUCACACCCUCACUCUCGGCUAUAGACCACCAAGCCCUUUUGUUUGUUCUGCACUCAUUCAUCCUUUCAGCUCGGAUAUAGUUCCCUCAGACUCAGAAAUGUGUGUGACCAUACACAACAACAAGACCCACAAAGACAUACAAGGAAGGUUACGGGUCGGCAGCAAGGAGAGACUGACUUUCUUCGGACAAGUUCAGUUCAAUCCUUUGCGCUCAAGUCACCAAAUGAUUAAAGUCAGAGCAAACUACACCCAUCAACUCCAGCUGCAGAUCCCCUCCUCUGCUAUACUGGAGGGAAAUCUAUGUUGGGACCCCAAAAGCAACACAGGCUUUAAUUAUCAAGCUGGAGGGAAACUGAGAAUCGAGCGGCAGGAAUGCAAACUUUUUGUACAGCUGAAUCGUACGUCAGAGGGAGUAAAUCUUCAUUCCUCAUUGAGUCAUCCCUUCAAAUCAAAGAUUCCUAAAACAUUAGAGGUAAAAGCAGCAACACAUAUUGCCACUGUGGCUGGAGGAGGAAGUAGCUCAGUUAUUGUAUGGGCUGAUGGGAAGGAGAAGGUGAAUCUAUAUGCACAUUUAUCCCACUCCCUCCAUCAUGGAGACAGAGCUGUGGAGCUGAGGUUGAAUGUUUCCCAGAGCCUGCUGCCUUUUUCCACCAACCUGCAUGUGAACAUGGCUGCCAACAUGACCUCAGACAGUCUGUCUCUACAUGGCUCCUGCACACAGGGACAUGAAGCUUUGGUGGCCCAGAUUAAAGGGUCUCUAAAAAAUACCAGGGGUCUCCAGCUGGCUGUGUCUGGGGACUUGAGGCACUCCAUGGCCAAACUUUUUAUUUUGCCUCCAGUGCUGGGGUUGGAUGGGGCAUUGGAACAAUCUGACACCCUCGCUGAUGGACAGCUGAGAGUUCGAGUGAUGGAUGCUCUGUACAGGGUGGAGUUGAAACAUCAAGAGGAUGAAGAAAGCAUGAUGGGCAAUAAGCUGCAUUUGUCACAUGAUUGGCUGUGUUUUUGGUCUGGGGUGGAGCAUGUGUGUUUCAAUGUGAGUCGCCAACUGGGCAAUCAAGGGACAGUUGAGAUCUACACAACGCUAUCUCACUCCUCCAACCUGCUCAACUCCACAGGUGUACCUGCCAUCAGUAGCAUCAAGGGAAGGUGGGUCAAAGCUGGGGGUCGACUGUCAGUGCUUGCAGAGCUGCAGGCUGGACCUGAACAUCUAAAAGCUGAGUUUAAUGGAGGAAAGACAAACCCCGUUAUCUCACAAUGGGAGUACUACUCCAGGCUGCAGCAUCAAAUCAAAGCCCUGCUGAGAAGAGGCAUAUCAAGCUCCAUGGAGGCCAAAGCUUACUACCAGUUAGAAACAGAUGGACUGGAUACAGGCUUGAUCCUUCACAUUGGAGACCAGACAAUAGCUGAUGUCCUCAUUAAUGUCGGAUCAAAAAACAGCACAGCUCUGCUGGCAUUGUCAAUACGGCAACAGAUGAACCUGCUCGAGGGCUUCAUACCUAACUCUUUACAGAUGAACUGCACAGGGGACGCCACCGCAGACCGUCUGUCAGCUCAGUGCUAUGGAAGUGUGGCAGGCCGCCCUGUGGAGGAUCUUCUGCCAUCACAAAACUCAGUUAACAUCUCCAUCACCCGUUCUGGAUGUUCAACAAACCUCAGCUCUGUUCUCCAUACUGAUGAGGAACAGAAAGGCAGCCUUAGUCUGCAUUUAAGCUGUGACCCACACCUCAGUCUGAAAGCGGUCCUACAGCACUCUAUCGAGGCAUUGCACACGAUGGGAUUACCUUCUCAUGGAGGAUUGAUCCUGCAUGUUUCAGCUGCACAUCCACCUGCUGUGAAGGUUGAUGUAGAGCUGGGACGAUGUUAUCUCAGGGGAAACUUGGGGAAAACCAGGACUUCCCAGACAGAGGAGGAGGAGUCUUCCUACGCUGUGAAUGUAACAAACUACUGUCCUGCUCUACAGGAUUCAGGCUUCCCAGUGUCCCUGUCUCUGCAGAACCUCCUGUCAGUCUCUCUCUGCCAGCUCUCCCUUGCCUCCUCUCUGAGAGCAGACAGUCAGGACCUGUCCCUGCAGCUCAGACACUCCUGCAGGACUCCUCACCUCUCCGGGACCCUCAGUCACUCCUUCCAUGGGCUAAAGAGCUACGGUGUGCCCCAGAUAUUAACUGUGGAGUCCUCUGCUCCUGGGGGCCCUGAGCAGAUGGGGGUCCUUUAUAUUAAAGCUGGGACAUGUUCUAUCAGAGCCAAUAGAGUCAUGGAGGCCCAAGGACGAACACAGAGGCUCUGGGCAAUCGAGUCAACGUGCCCAAUGUUACAGGUUCAUCUGAAUGCCUCAGUGUGGAGGGAUCCUCAGGGGAUCUGGACUGUCAUUAUGGACACCAAUACGGAAGGCAAAAGGGGUUUCCUGAGGCUGAAUGCGAGGGCCUGGCAUGACCUGAGUGUAGAAGGUGAGCUCAGUCACAACCAUCCUGACUUCAGAAGCAUACCUCAGCUCUGCAGACUGAGAGUGAAGAGCAAAGCUGGAAAACACCGAUAUGACGGUGAAGCCUUUAUUCAGCUGGACGACUGUGCUGUAGGGGCUAGUGGAGAUGUGAUGGCACAUAUUGGCCUGCAGGGGUCACUGAUGUAUCACAACAACUGCACAGUGAUUCAGGAGUGGGGUAGUCCUGACAGGGUGCGCUCCUCUGGGGCCGUGGUCGUCUCCACAACUGCUGCAGAAUCUCAGGUCUCCAUGGCAAUAGAUGACAGAGAGUUACAUGCAUCUAUAUCUCUUAAGAAAACAGAGGGUAAAAAUGAAGCUUUACUGAAUCUGAACCACUCUGUGCCCCUGCUGAAGAGGCUGGGAAUCCCUGUUAGUGCUGCAGUGACAAUGAACUCCAGGAGUAUGGUCAAUGGCUCUUAUUUCUACCUUUUACACAGCAGUGCAGGGAAUCAGAAGGCAACUCAAGAGAUGACAAUGUUAAAAACAUCUGAGUCAUUUAGAGUGAAGAGCCAGUUUAGACACACUGUGAACUUUCUGAAGAAACUGGGAGUCCCUGCAAACAACAGCAUCCAGGUGGAGUUUGGUUCUGCUGAGGGGAAGGCCUUCACCUUACAGUCUCAGUUUGGAGGUCGGCAGGCGGAAGUGAGAGUGAGGCUGAAAUUUCUCCCAUUGAACAAAGAAAUAAGAGGAACCAUGUGGCACAGCUGGUCGUGGCUACAAGACAGAGGAUUUCCAAGAAAUAUAGAGGGCCUGUGCUCGAUCCAGGGGGUCUACUCUCGGCUUCAGUCCCACGCUCAGCUCUCUGUGGACAAACACAAGCUGCUUGUCUCCGGUCUAAAUAUAAGUGUCUCUGAUGGACGUCUGGCUGUUCUGUUCUCUUACUCUCCUCACUCCUCGAACCGCACAGAAACACAGCACAGGCUGGAAACUGCUCUGACUGCUCAGUUCAAAGGCCCUCUAUGCAGCGCCUCACUUGACAUUCACAGGAACAGCUGGAGAGUCAUAGCUGUGGGGGACGUCGGAGGUUUGGGGGCUCACGGAGGGUCCAAGGAAGCUAGACUCACACUGAGACACACUCUGCAGGGAGAAGCUAGCCCUGCCUUACAGGUGGAGGCGUGGGGCAGGCUAACGGAGACGCAGCUGAGGUGCUCGGUCGCUGUGAACCCUGAACGCAGCUCAUCCCUCGCACUCAUCAUCCAGGGACACCAUGUUCAUCAUAGCAAGGACCUGAUGGUGAAAAUGGUCCAGAAUCUUCCCAUGAUGCUGGUCUACCUGCCGUCUCAGCUUAACGUCCGCUCUCAGCUGAAUCAGUCAGAGUCCAGUGUGGCCGGUUUGGUGGAGGUGUCAUCAAGCAGGAAGAGGCUGUGGGCUCUGGGGGAGCUGUCAGCCAUAGAGAGUGGAUACAGACAGAAUAUAGAGCUCAAACACUCAUAUUCACAGCUGAGGCCGCUCCCCAGGUCUGUCGCUGUCAGGACCGUGUAUGAGGCCAGGAACUGGAGCUACCAGGUCCAACAUGGAGCUGUGUGGGGGAGCCAGGAGUUCAGUCUGUCUGGUCUCUACUCUGCUCCUCCUGCUCUGGAGCUGGGGAACGAGACACUGAAGGUUCAGAUCAGCUGUGUGCCUCGAUGGACCAGUUUAGAAGUGACACUGGAGCAAUCCUUACAGGGCCGACUGGACAGUGUUUUACUUGGCUGGAUGAGGCAUGGACGAUUGGAGCAGGUUAGAGCGGUGAGCUUGUGGAGUUGCUCAGAGGAGAAAAAUGAGACCAAACUGGAGCUGAAACAGCCGUUCUCCUCCACACUGAGCCAGCUGAACCUUCACAGUCUGACACAUCGAUCACAAAGGGAACGACACAGCAACCACUUGACCCACCUAUCGUGGGACAGCUCAGUCCCUGCCAACAUCUCCAUCAGCCUGAACAAGCAGUGGCAGGACAACUCCAGCAGGGGGCAAGCUUGUGCUCAAUUCUCAACACAACAGAUGGACGUGCCCCUGGUUAAAGGCUGCAUGUCGGUGGCUCAGGAAGGAGACUCAUAUUUACAAAAUGCAGAGUUAAGAUGGGACAACAGGAGCAUCAGACAGGGAGUGAAGUACCAGAAGAGUCUGCGGGGCGUUCACAGCCUUCAGGUCAACUUAGGUAUGGACAAAGUGUCUCCUGUACCCUGUCUAUCACACACGCUCCUGGCUAAGAUCCAGACCAACCUGAGAGAUCGUUUGGAGCACACAGUGCAGCUGGGCCUCUGUCCUCCUCAGCCUACUCUUUCCUGGUCAGGGUCGCACAGAGUAAACUCAGGAGAGGAGCUGUUUUACUCUCAGUCUCGUCUGUCGGUGACAGGACAGCCUAACAGAUGCAGCAUCACUUUCGCCCUGACAAACUCGUCAACAGCACAGGGCGCCAACAUGUCUCUGUUCUCUGAGUCUAGGAUUGGUAACUGGAGUGUCGAGGUGGGGGGCAGCGCCCUGUCUUGGCUUGGGGGGUCUGGACUACAGUUGCAGGCCAGACUGGACCGCAGGGAGAAGAUAUGGCUGAAUGGGAGUGUAGAGGGUCAAUGUCUGAAGACAACAGCCGGUUAUGUGAACGGACCAGGGCCAAGUGAAGAUGUGACUGUCACAGUCUGUGUGGGAAAGAAUCACAGUUUAAUGCUUGAUGUGCAGAAAAGAGACGGUGGCAUGAAACCAGAAAUCCUGGGCCUUCUGUCUGUGGGAUUGGCCAACCAGAGGCUGAUGUUAAGAGCAACUGGCUGUUUGGAGAGUCUCAACACCAUAGAGGCUAGGAUUCAAUAUUUGAACUCUCAGAUAAAGAAGAAACUACUAGAGAGAAUCAAGAUAAUGCAACAUCUCCUUACUGAAUUCAGACAGCAGUCCACAGACAGUCAGCUGCUCCAGGAGCUGAACACUGUGCUGCUUCCUGUAAUCCAGCGAGUAGAGGCUGUGUUGGCUAACAGAGAGAAAGGUCUGUUUGCUCUGUGGCAUAGCAGCCAUCUGCGGUUCCUUGUCACUGACAGCUUGCCACGAUUUCUCAGCCUGCUGCAGCACGCCUCUUUGCUGGGACAACAAGAACUGAGGAGGCCUCUUGCCACUCUGGCAGGUGUGUAUCAGGAUGUGAAGGGGGAGAAACUGGAGGCUCUGUGGAGGAAGGCUGUAUCUUUGUGGACUGAUGGGCUGGUCGAGGUCCUCCCUGCUCUGUUAGAGAAUCCUCAGCUGAGGCCGCUUGCUCAGGCUUGUGUCGCCACGCUCAGCACCGCCCUGGAUGUGGCAGGGCAGCAAACCUGCCACUGGGUGGAGACCAGGUUGGCAAUGGCUCUGUCUGGAGUCAGGAAACAUCUGGCAUCUGUCUACAAAUUCUCCCCCAGCAAGUGUUCGGUGAUGGCAUCAGUGCCGUUUCCACUGUUGCCCUGGGAUCGAACGACCCAGGCUGGUCUGGUGGAGAUCCUCUUGGAAGAGUGGAUCUUCGGGCCCCUGCAGACCCUCACGUCCAUCAGGCCUGUGGCUGAACUUUACCGCCUGAAAAGGAAGAUCAUGGAUAGCCCAUUUAUAUAUCAGGCUCUGUUGGUGGCAGAUCAGUUUGUGGUGACAUUUGAUGGUCAUCUGUAUGAGCUCCCAGGCUCCUGUCCUCUGCUCCUGGCUCAGGAUGUCAGCUCUGAGUCUUCAUUUACACUCAUGCUUGGUUCGGACUCUAACACCUUCCUACUAAUAGGAAUGGAUAACAACACCAUCAGCAUCCAGAGAAACGGACAGGUGAAGUCCAACUGUCAGAGCGGUGUGACACACACAUUUCACAGUGAAAAUGGAGUGGCUGUCAGAAGAGGGUCACACACUGUUCAGGUGUUCAAUCAGAAUGGAGCAUCAGUGUCAUGUGACUUGCUGCUUCAGGUUUGCAGCUUCACUCUGGAGGGUUGGCUGCAUGGCUUGUCCACUGGUCUGUUAGGGACCAAUGACAAUGAAGCAGGAAACGAUUUCCCUUUACCCGAUGGAUCUCAAGCUGACAGCAUGGACAGGUUUUUCCACAGUUGGCAGAUGAAACCAGAGUGUAUCAAACCAUCUGGUGUAAAGGAGCACUCCAUCAGCCCUGUGAGCUGUGAUUUCCUGUUCUCCUCUCCUGACUCCCCGCUGAGUUCCUGUUUCAGGGUGGUGGGUCCUGGUCAGUUUUUGUCUGUGUGUGAGAUGAGCUCCUCAAAAGCCCCCUGCAGAUUAGCAUCUGCUUUUGUUCAUCUCUGUCAGCAGAACUACAUACCUCUGGAGGUGCCUGUGCAGUGCUUGAAAGGAUGAAGGAAGGAUGACUUCAUGAAGGGUAAAGACGGUGAUUGUGACCUCUGUUAGCUGCUAGAUCAAAGUGUACACUUUUAU